AUGCUGGUGAAGGCCGGCAUCAUGGCGGUGACCUCGCCACGGGCGACGGGAGCAGACGAUGAAACCGGCAGCGGUGGCGGCAGCGGCAGCGGCAGCGGGUUUGGGAAGCCGCCUCCGGAAAGAAACGGACGGGGUGAGAUGAGAAGGCCUUCCGGGCUAGUGGCGCCAGGGGAACGAGUUACUAACAACCAUCCUCCUGGGCUGGUUGUGCCACGGGGGGGCGACGGCGUUGACGACUGCAGGGAGGGCGGGUACCGAGGGCUGUUGAUGAGCCCGCUUCGUGAAGCGGUGGCCAUGUCGUUCGGCGGCAGGCGGGUGAAGAUGAUGGCCUCCACGCACCCCCCGUCGACGAGGCCCAAGGACGUUGGCCACGGCGGCCGCACGGAUUGGGGGUGCCCUCCGAAACCGCAGCGGCGGCAGACCAGCCCGCCUCAGACCGGCACAAAGAGCACGGAGGCGGCAAAGGAAGCGGCAGCAAGAAAAGGGUGUGGCCGGGCCGUGAGUUUCCUGACGGCGGCGGCGGGAGCGGCGGGAGCGGCGGGCGCCGGCGGUGGCGGCAGCGAUUGCGGCGGUGGUGCCUUCUCUGCCGGCGGAGGUUUCAGCGACAACGGCGGCACCGGCGGCGGCAACGCAGGCCACGGCGACCGGAAACCACCGACGAUUCCGGUUCAUCAGCAUACUGCAGACGCGAUGCAGAAGCAAGAAGUAUCGGUGCGCGCUGAUAGGCUGCUCUCCUUGCCGAGGACCACAGAAGCAGCAGCAGCAGCAGCAACGGCGGCGUCAGGGGGCGACGCCGGUGUGGACUGCGCCCCUCCCAUGCAGGUCGGCGAGCAAAGCGCGACGUCGAUUCGGCGAAGGGUGGAGGCGCUGCAGCUAAGGAAUCUGAGAGAGGAGAAGUUUCUCUGUGCGUUCAUGCGCUACAGGUUGAACAUUUCAGCUGAGAAUCUUCGCGGCUUAGACCGUGUGAUUCUGGCGAGCGAGGCGAGACGAGCGGUCGUCAACGCAGAGGUGAAGGCCGCCACCGAGGCCUUCCGGCGGGACAUUGCCGAGGCUAACCGAUUCAGGUUGGAAGCAGAGGCGUGCAAGGCAGCGCUGGCGGAAGUCGCCGUAAUACCCCCCGUACCCGCCAACUCCAUCGCCCGGGGAGUGUACGGAGACUGGUUCCAUGGACGAGAGUACAACAGGUUUGUCGACAAGACUCGGGAGCGCUACGGCGACGGGUCGGACGAGCUCUUCGUGGCCACCGACGUGGUUAGUCAGCAGCACCGGACUCGGAACGGGGGCGAGGGCGGCAGCGUAUGGGCCGUGGGCGUGAAGGGACUCGGGCAAGGGACCUUCGGAGUCGUGACCCGGCUCGACGUUCUCACCCUGGGCAAGAGCUACGCCGCUAAGGAGUUCAAGGAUGUGAGAGGCGGCGGGUGGGAAGGGUGCAUGCCGCCGCAUGCCAACAUCGCCGGGCCGUCCGCCAUGGACGACCGGGAUAAGGACUCCCUGGUCGUCUUCUAUGACCUAGCCGUGGACGACUUCCAUGGCUACGCCACGGGACAAGUCCCGGCCAGCCCGGGAGUGCUCAUGCGGCCCCCAAAUCCAAGCCCUGUCUCGAGCCUAGCCCUCAAUCGUAAUCGUCAACCAACCCGUUUGGCCAUGCUAUUGUCCGACAUGACUCGAGGGCUGGAGCACCUUGGCCGACAUGGCAUUGCACACAAUGACGUCAAGCCUGGCAACAUGGUGAUGAUCGGCAACUUAGAGAUGGAGAUGUCGACGAGACUUUUGUCCGACAUGGCUCGAGGGCUUGAGCACCUUGGCCGACAUGGAGUCAGCCACAACGACGUGAAGCCCGGCAAUAUGCUGGUAUUUCAAGACUCGGGGGUACUCGUUGCCAAGGUUACCGACCUCGGAUGUGCUCUCGCUCACGGGGACAUGAGGAGAGGGCAGGGCACGAUCGGGGGCCGGGUACCAGAAGGGAUGAUGCACCGGGAAGUCGCAUGCGAGCCGUCUCAGGACGUGUUCGCUCUGGCACACAUGAUAUUGCUGACGCUAACGAAGAACGAGUGGAAGAGCAGCAACAUGUGGGUCAGCAAGGACGAGGUGACGCUUCGCAACCAGAUCGACCCUCGCGUCCGCGCAGCCCUGCUCAAUCCGAAGCACCUUUAUGACGGCCUCACCGACGACGUCAAAGAGAAGGUCAUCAUCCUCCUCACCAAGGCGCUCUCGCCAGACCCGACCAAGCGACCUCCCAUGGCCGAGAUGCUCGCCGAGUUGGACGACAUGAACGAGUGCCUGCUCGAGAUCGAGACCCAGGGAGUAAUCUCGGCGGUGGCGACGGCAGCGGUGGCUGGGGGAGGGCCGUCCCGAACGGCCAGCACAGAAGCCGGAGAGGCUGGCGUCACCGACGGUCACGGAGCGCCGCAUCCGCCGCCGCCGGUGCCCGAUACCCUCGAGGCAGUGUCUGGAGCUGUCCAAGGAGGCGUGAGCGCCGUUCCAGACCAGUCCGCGGCCGUUGCAGGAGAAAACGUCAUCAUCCCGGCGAUCAUCCCGGAGGCGGCGGUGGGCCCCGUCGUUUCGAGGGAAACAGCCGACGGCAGUGUUGCUACGGCUGAGGAGGAGGGAGGAGGUGGGCGUUCAGCUCAUGCUCCACUGGCGACGCCAGCCACCGACGGCCAGAGGUCGACUGUGUCCCGACCCCUCCCGGGAGGUUCCAUGCCCGUGUUGGAAGUUGUUUCUGGAGGACUGCCGUCCCACGACGGUCCCAGCGGCGGUGGUAACCAUGUUGUGCCGGCCGCAUGCGCCGCAUCGAUCGUCCAGAGCGGAGUUGUUACCGAGGGAUCUGCGGCGGUGAUGCUGGUGUCUGCUGGUGAGGGGGGAGGUGUGGCGGCGACGGCGGCGGUGGAAGGGGGAAAGAGAGUGGUGGACAGCCAAGCACGCCUCCUGCAGUAUCCGACGAGGCUAAGGUCACCGCGAACCGGCGAUGUAGCGGUAGCAGAUCGAGUGGGAAGGGCAAACGGGAGCCGAGGGACAGGGUUGGUGCCGCGGGCGUUGGCGGUGAACGAUGCCACGGCUCCCUAUGUCGUUGGAGGUGGUGGCGGACGGGGGCUUCGCACGUCGCACCACAGCAACCGACUCCCUGCAGGUCCUGCCCCGAGGAGGCCUACCACCAGGACGAACGCGGCCGGUGGUGCAAGAAUGGACACCGGCCAUGUCACCAAUUCCCAUAGGGCCGCCGGCACUGCGCGGGGGGGGGUCCCGCCGUUCGCUCACCGACAAAGCCGCUUCAACCCCCGCGGUCCCUAUGGCCAGGGCAGGACGAAUGCCAACCACGGUGGGCACCACAGCGGCAGCAGGAGUCACGGAUCUUCUUCCCCCCGCCAGGGACACCACCAACAUCACCCCGGCGUGCCGCUUGCAUGGGGGCACCACCACCUCCAUGCCGUGGCGAACGACCUGGUGCUGCCGCAGCCGCAGCCGCAGCCGCAGUUCCGGGCAUACCCGCAGCACCAGCAGUCGUGGGGCGUGGGGGGAAUAGGUGCCGCACCCUCCUACUACGUCCCUUCGGGGUCCUCGGCAAGGCAUAUGCACCACGGUGGAUAUGUCGGAGGAGAAGGAAGAGCAGGCGUGUUCCGCCCGCCUCAGAUCCCGGUGCCGCUGCCACCGGUACCGCAAUCCUCGAUUUACCAUGACCCGAGGUACGCGGGAGGCGGCUGCGGCUGCGGCGAAUGGGGUGUACCCCGUGCGCCAGGGCACAUGCAGUUUAUCCCGGGUGAAGCGUUUGUCCCUGCCUACUACCCAAUGGCGAUAGGUGUAAACGGGUUCCCGCCCACGUGGCAGAGAACAUGCGUUGUGCGGUGAUAUACGUGUACAUAUUUUGAUGAAACGAAGAGCGUCUCAACUGUCUCAACGGAUGCGUGUUUUUUUGGGCGUGUGUGUGCCCCUGUGUCAACGGAGAGGCGCGGUGGUCGCAUGUACAACAUAAUCGUGAUUGUGAGCAGCUUUAGAUAUUGUUAGGUUCCUGUGAUUCAAGGGGGGGCGCUUUGGAACGGCACUUACUUUUAUGCUAGGAGGGAGCUAGCUAGUGGUCUUUCGGUGG